GGGCCGGAGCCGGGCUGAGGCUUCGGUGCAGAGCUGGCGAGCCGCGGCUGGGGCCGCGGUAGGGAGCGCGGCGUGGAGGUGCCACCCGGCCCUGGUGGCGGAGAGAUCAGAACCCUCUUCCCCAAGCCGAGCCAACCUCAGCGGGCACCGGGGCUUAGGGGCGCGGCGGCGGCGACUGCAGCGGCUGGACGAUGGCAGCGCCCGCCGGAGCCGGGGCGGUGAUUGCAGCCCCAGACAGUAGUCGCUGGCUGUGGUCGGUGCUGGCGGCGGCGCUCGGGCUCUUGACAGCUGGAGUAUCAGCCUUGGAAGUGUAUACACCAAAAGAAAUCUUCGUGGCAAAUGGUACACAAGGGAAGUUGACCUGCAAGUUCAAGUCUACUAAUAAGACUGGCGGGUUGACCUCAGUCACGUGGAGCUUCCAGCCAGAGGGGGCUGACACUACUGUGUCGUUUUUCCACUACUCCCAAGGGCAAGUGUACCUUGGGAAUUAUCCACCAUUUAAAGACAGAAUCAGCUGGGCUGGAGACCUUGACAAGAAAGAUGCAUCAAUCAACAUAGAAAAUAUGCAGUUUGUACACAAUGGCACCUAUAUUUGUGAUGUCAAAAACCCUCCUGACAUCGUUGUCCAGCCUGGACACAUUAGGCUCUAUGUCGUAGAAAAAGAGAAUUUGCCUGUGUUUCCAGUUUGGGUAGUGGUGGGCAUAGUUACUGCUGUGGUCCUAGGUCUCACUCUGCUCAUCAGCAUGAUUCUGGCUGUCCUCUAUAGAAGGAAAAACUCUAAACGGGAUUACACUGGCUGCAGUACAUCAGAGAGUUUGUCACCAGUUAAGCAGGCUCCUCGGAAGUCCCCCUCCGACACCGAGGGUCUUGUAAAGAGUCUGCCUUCUGGAUCUCACCAGGGCCCAGUCAUAUAUGCACAGUUAGACCACUCCGGCGGACAUCACAGUGACAAGAUUAACAAGUCAGAGUCUGUGGUGUAUGCGGAUAUCCGAAAAAAUUAAGAGAAGACCUAGAACAUAUCCUCAGCAAGAAACAAAACCAAACUGGACUCUUGUGCAGAAAAUGUAGCCCAUUGCACAUGCAGCCUUGGAGACCCAGGCAAGGACAAGUACAUAUGUACUCACGGAGGGAGAGAAAGAUGUGUACAAAGGAUGCGUAUAAAUAUUCUAUUUAAUCUUCCUGAUGUGAGGAGCCAGUGUUGCAUGAAGAAAAGAUGACAUGAUUCUACAUAUGUACCCAUUCAUUGUCUUGCUGUUUUUGUACUUUCUUUUCAGGUCAUUUACAAUUGGGAGAUUUCAGAAACAUUCCUUUCACCAUCAUUUAGAAAUGGUUUGCCUUAAUGGAGACAAUAGCAGAUCCCGUAGUAUUUGCAGUAGACAUGGCCUUUUAAUCUAAGGGCUUAAUCAGUCUUAGCAUUUAUUGUAGUUGGAGGAUGGAGAUGCUAUGAUGGAAGCAUACCCAGGAGCCUUUAACACAGUAUCAGUACCAUUUAUUUGUCUGCAGCUUUUAAAAAAUACCCAUUGGCUAUGCCACUUGAAAACAAUUUGAGAAGUUUGAUGUUUUUCUCACUAAAAUAUGGGGCAAUUUUUAGCCUUACAUGUUGUGUAGACUUACUUUAAGUUGCACCCUUGAAAUGUGUCCUAUCAAUUUCUGGAUUCAUAAUGCAAGAUUAGCAAAGGAUAAAUGCCGAAGGUCACUUCAUUCUGGAUACUGUUAGAUCAAUGCUGAUUGAGUAGAAAAUCCAAGCUUUGCUUGAGAACUUUUGUAACAUGGAGAGAGUAAAAGGUAUCGGUUUUGUUCUUUGCUGAUGUCCUUUCUGCUUGAAAUAACAGUCACCAUACAGCUAAAGGAGAGGAGUUUCUUUCCUUCUAAGUAGGCAGAAAUGGGAUCAUUAUGUUGCCACUCGGCCACUCUCCAAUAUCCCAGAGCGUGCUCUCUAGAGAAUCACAUUCUUUUGCUUUUUUUCUUUCUCUUUUUCUUUUUUUCUUUCUUUCUUUCUUUUUUUUUUUUUUUUGAGGUAGAGUCUCACUAUGUUGCCCAGACUAGCCUUGAACUCUUGGGCUCAAGUGAUUCUCCCUCCUCAGCCUCCCGAGUAGCUGGAACGAACUAUAGUUGCACCACUGCAGCUGGCAAGAGUCACCUUCUUUAUAAAGCGUCAGUCAUGCUUCCAGCAAAAAGCAGCAUCAGUCAUGGCUUUAUAACAGCUUCAUGGUGCCUCAAAGACUGUUGAGGUUAAUGAGAGCCUAGAUUAGAUACUUUGGCUGUCCUUUCCUGCAACUUGUUUUCUCGCAUUCACUACUCCCCACCCCACUUAAAAUCUAUGAGUUUUUACUUUUUACUGGGAAUGGAAAGCAUGGUGAAGAUCAUUAAACACUUACGUUGUCAUUUCUCCCA